AUGUUCGUAGUCAUCCAAGGAUUCAUGGAGCUUCCGAUAUAUAAGCCUUCUUCCAUCACUACCAUGAUUACAUCACUAUUUGUCCAAGAUAUCCCCAUCUCUAACCGUACUUUGGUUAUGCUUAGAACAGAGUUCGGAAGACUAAUGGUGAUCGGAAAGUAUACGACAAUUCUAGCCAGAGAUGAUAAUUUCAGUGCUCAAAAUCGGAAAACUGGUGGUUUUCCGAAAACUAUUGGGGAAUUUUGGAAGAGGGAAGUACCGAUCGGUAGCCGAGGAAACAGAUUCAUAUACGCAUACCGUACACCGGAGCCCUUGAGCUCUGCAUCUGCUAUCAAUAUUUUUAGAGAGAUUGCAAUUAUAGCUAAGAAUUCUAUGUUGUAUCUUGGUCAACCUCUAAUGACGGAGGUGAUGCAGCUGGAUGGUGGAGAAGAUGAAGUGACGAAGGGUGUGGGUGGUAUAGUAGAUGUUCAGGGUUUGUGGUAG